AUGGGUGACAACCAAGCUACUACUUUCAACGACCCGGCCGCCAAUGCCCCCGAUGCCGCGGCCUUUGAGAAGGGCAAGGGCAAAGCCGUUGACGCGCACGACGUGAGCAUGGAUGAAGAUGAAGAAGCUAGCUCAGACGAAGACGAAGAAUCUGCUGAAGAAGAGGAAGACGACGACCAGGGUAACCUGGAACCCAUCUCGGCCAGCAACAUCAUCGACGGCGGCCGUCGUACUCGUGGAAAACGCAUCGAUUUCGCCGAGGCCGCUGAAAAGGCCAAGGCCGAAGGCGAGGACCCAAUGGAUGACGAGGACGACGAGGACGAGGAUUUCCACGGCGCCAGCGAGGAGCGCAACGACGAUCGCAUGCAAGAAUAG